ACUAUUACUACUUGAUUAGAUUACUGUAAGAGUAAAAAAAUAUCAAAGCUAAACUCAAAUGGAAAUAAUAAAUAUGCUGCAAAAAGAAUCACCUCUUUCAUAAGUCAAAAAAAUGACUGAAUCUGACUUAGUGCUUAUAGUACAAACCAGUUAUUAUACUUCAGCGAAAAGUUUUGUCAAUACAUUGUUCGCGUCGUUGUCUUCGUCGGAACAAAGAGCGGAACUCUUUCCUUUGUUGUGUAAUAUUCAAUAUGGGUGCUAAGAUUUCGCUUCUUGAAACUAGGUGACGAUGGAAGAUGGUUUUUAUCAAAGUCCCAAGACAUCUUCAAUACAAAGAAAGUCCAAGAAAUGCUUAGCUCACAUAAGUCCGGAGAAGCUAACAUUUUCCGGCAACUUCACAUUAGACCAUAGACUGUUUGACAUUCAGGGUACAGGAAAACGAGCCAGUAUGAGACGUGACAUACUCAACACCGUCAUUAAGAGGACCGAGUCGAAGCUACUGGAGGGCACUGAUGAGGUUCCGUGUAAGCUGGUCGAUGAGAACCCUUUGUAUGAAGAUCCUCGGGAUGUUAUUGCUGGCGCGAAGCCUCCGAAGCCUCCACGGAAGCGCAACAUACAAGCCAUAGCAAUAACGUCACCUCGACCAAGUCGGGAGAGUAAGUCGCUCCUCAAAGAACAGAAGAAGAAACUAUCCAAGAAGUACGAGGGGCUUAUCACCACUCUUAUUAGUAGGUGUGAGGAGAGCGUCACCACGAUAUCCGAGAAAGACGCCUACAUCUUAAAGCUAAAAGACAAACUGAAAGCAGUCCUCGAAUACAACAAACUAUUUGCAGAAGAGAACGAUCAGCUGAAGAACCAAUACUCGACCCUCGUGCAAUAUGUGGAGGAGUGCAAGACGGCGCUCAAGGGGGAGAGAGAGAGGAACAGCGAGCUGGAGGCCAGGUGCAAGGAGCUCGGCGAUAGGGUCAAGCAGUUGGAUGUGCCCGAUAAAGAUCGCGUGGAAACAGUGAUCCCACUAGUGGAGGUAUGCAUGAGCUGCAGCAGCCGUCAGAUCCUGCUGACGCAAGCUCGAGAGCACACGCACAGGAUGCAGAGGGACAUGCAGGCGCUCAAGGAUGUGCUCUACAGAUUAAAUGUCCAGCUAUCGAGAUACCAGGAGAAGCUCCGCGCCAACAUACAAAAUCUGGCGACGGAUAACAAAGCUGAUAAAUUUGACCUUGACUCCCUCAUCACCACCAGUCUCGGGUACAAAGGGCCAGAAGUUGGCAACACCGAUGAUGCUCAAUCGAAGAGCGGGACGGACGAUCUACCGCACUCGUCUCGGGUCGUCGAUCUUUCUGGACUAUUGAGUGCACAGGCUUUAGCGCCUCUAUUUGAUGCGUAUCAAGAAAAUCUACAAGAAAAAGACACCCUCAUUCUAGACUACGAGAAACAAUUCGAAAACAUCAACAAGAAAUCCAAACAAAUAGUGUCCGAAAACAAAAGCUUGCUCGAUAAGGUGACAGCCCUAGAGUCGGAGCUGGCGCAAGUGAGACAGAGCUACAAGAAGCUGGGGGUGGAGAAAGAGACGGGCGAUAUUGAGAGAGCUACGUUGUUGGAGAGAGCUGAAAGGGCGGAGUCCAAGUUGAAAGAGGUUUACGAGUUGUAUGAAGAUAAGAUGGCAGCCAUGAUGCGCGACUACGAGACGGUCCACCGCGAGUACUUCACGCUCAAGCACGCGCUGGAGGCGUCGGACAGCAAGAUGGCGGCGCUGGACGCGCUGCGCGCGCGCACCGUGCCCGCCGACCUGCACGAGCGCCGCCUCGACCACUGCAAGCGGCUGUUAGAAGAGCUGAAACACCAGUACGGCAUGGAGAACGAGCGCAAAACCGAGCAAGUGGCCAAGUUGCAGCAACAGUUGCGCGCCGCCGAGGACCGUUGCAGCAACGCGGAGAAGGAGCUGCUCGCUGCCAAGGAGGAGUUGGCUGCGGCGCUAAAGAACGUCAGGCUAUAUCGCAAAGCGGCGGUGAUAUUCCGUCACCGCAUGCGCAGCGCAGCGGCGCGCGCCACCAAGGCCAAGCGCUCCGUCAGUUCGCAACACGCCGAGCCGCUCAGGAGAGCUCUAGACACGCUGGAGCGGAUCAAGAGAGAGAUAAAGGUGUUGAAAUCCCGCGCUCACUCCUCCCUCGAAGAGCUAGAGCGUCGCAUAGUGGAGCAGGAGCGGCGCGCGAGCUCCGCCCAGCUCGAGUACCGCCGCGAGCUGGAGCGCGCUAAUCUCGCGCUGGAGCACAAGGAGGGCAUCAUACGGAGCCUCAUAGACAAGGUGGCCGAUGUGGAGGAGGUCAGGCUAAGUCAAACGAACGCGCACCGACUGCAGGGCAUCGUGUCGGACUCGUCGCCGGAGCGGACCGCGUCCGACCGACCGGAACGGACCGGCGUUAAGCUCGUGCCCGGCCCUGGCGGGUACUUUCAAGAGGAUCGGGGGAAAAAGAAGGGCAAAGGAUAAGGACAGAUAACACAUAGGAUUAGGAACUCAUAAGAUACUAAACAUAACGCCAAAUAUCGCUUUGAUGUAAAGCUAAAUGCAGUCCACUAGCUGUUAAAGAGUCCUUCGAGUUAUAUGUAGAUCUUUGUUAACACAGGUACAGAAUGUAGUGCAUAAUUAUUUUCCUUCGCAUUUUCUCGGAAACGUUCAUAUUUGUCAUGCUACUUCAGUCAAUUUCUGUAUUUUUUGUACCGAGACAGACUGAAAUAGCAAGACACGUUCGUACGUUUCCGUGAAAAUACGAUGGAAAAUAACUAGGAACUAUAUAAUAUCUGUAAGUUCUGUAACUGACCAGUCAUAAAACGAGAUAAGGUCUGCUAAUGUUUAGCAAAGUUGACAGGUGCAUAAUAAACGAAAGAAUUCAAAUAAACAUGAAGGACGUAAAUUCCAAUAUAGCUACUGUACAUUUUGUCUACGCUUGAAAAUGUUUUGCUCAUUCCGGGAAAGUAGUGUUUAGCAUAAAUGUGUUGUUGUAAGGGUUCCCAAGUCUGUAAACUUGUUAUGUCGUCGAUUUACAGGUGUUCUAUCCGUUGAUAAUCGUAUUUAAGUACCUAAAGUUAAGUACACUAAUAUAUUUCCAUGAUCCAUGACCAACUCCUUCACUAUGCAUGCGAUUCGUCUUUGGAAUUCCCUCCCUCUCGAGAUAAGGCAAACUCAGACCAAAACUCUGUUUAAAAUCAAGUUGCGCAGACACCUUUUAGAAAUGUCUCUUAGCUAAGUCUCAUAGAAAUCUGAAAGCAGGUAGAUAUAUGUAUAUAUUUUUU